AAACUCAGUGUCAAAGAGAUCAAUUAGCGCGUGGUGGAUAAUGGCUUCUUAUAGUUUGAGUUUACCAACAAUGCAUGUUGCUUCCAUUAAGCUAAUUCCAAAGCUAGAUUCCAAGGUUUUGUUGUGCCCUUCACCACCUGCUUAUACCAAACUAACAAGAAUUUCUUCCUCAAUCCGUGCUAUGGGAUCAUCUGCUUCUUCUCAGUCCAACCAGGCAGACAAAAUUGAAACUCAGUCAGGAGCCGGCAGUGUUGAUUAUAAGUCUCUAAGCAAUGACGAGUGGAAGAAGCGGCUGACAAAUGAACAAUUUUAUGUUACUCGCCAAAAGGGGACUGAGAGAGCCUUCACUGGGGAGUACUGGAAUACCAAAACCCCCGGGACUUACAAUUGCAUAUGUUGUGACACCCCUUUAUUCGAAUCAUCUUCUAAGUUUAACAGUGGAACUGGCUGGCCAUCAUAUGACCAGCCAAUUGGCAACAAUGUGAAAUCAAAACUAGAUUUGUCAGUUAUAUUCAUGCCGCGCCAGGAAGUUCUGUGUGCUGUUUGUGAUGCUCAUCUUGGACAUGUGUUUGAUGAUGGUCCUCCACCCACAGGAAAGCGUUAUUGCAUCAACAGUGCUUCUCUCAAGCUCAAAACGAAGCAGUAACGAGUGAACUAAUUGUCAGCCAGAAACAGAUGAUCUGAUACAAGAGAUGGCGACUGGUGAGGUUGUAAAUGAAGAGCAUAUCAUAUUUGUGCUGUUUUUCUUACUUACGGAGAAAAAAUGUCCCUGUAUCCUAAUACUUGAGAAAUGAAAUGAAUAAGAGGAAUACAAUAGUGAAAAUUCAAAUUCUUAUGACAAUGAACUAUUUUUGUUGGGCAGUUGUGGAUAUUGUUGUGAGCUUUGCCAGCUUAAAAUCCGUUGUUCGUUGACCGGCAGGUUUAAAAUGUAUAGGAGUGCGUAAAUUGUUGAGUUGGAUUAAAUAAGUUUUUGUUCCCUGUAAAUUGCGGGAGAUUUGGUUUUA